AUGCAAUCCGGUGCCGGUGAUGGCGUUGCUGUCGGCAGAAGCUCUCCUCUUGGUACCACCAUAAUUGGGAUUAUCAGUAAGCGGAAGCAGCGCCUGCCCCAGAUUGCACUGGAUUUCUCACAUUUAAUGGCUCGUUUGGAUGAUGCGAGAGAAAGAUGCAAAAGUUUCCAGCUUGCUCCGGAGACAGCCAUCAAACCUGACCAUGGGCAAGCCAGUACCAGCCGCCACACACCUGACCUGCCCCUCGACCUGCCGGUGUCGGCCGUGUCAAUCUCCAAUGCCCAUGUGAACACCGCUGGCUGUAGCCUAGUUGGUGUAGAACAACCCAUGAAGAAGCUUGUUCACUUGCUGGCUUUCGGCGAGGACAACCAGAAGCAACUCAAGGUAAUACCUAUCUCUGGAUCUGCAGGAGUGGGAAAAACUACGGUUGCCAGAACCAUAUAUCAUCAGUACGGAGGGGAGUUCCAGUGCCGGGCUUUUGUAAGGGUGUCCCGAAAUCCUGAUAUGAGGAGGCUUCUCACCAGCAUCCUCUCACAAACAAAGGCACCAUGGACUCAUGCCUUUUCUCAUGCGCAGGACCUUAUUGACAGUAUCAUCGAACAUCUUCAAGGAAAAAGCUACUUCAUUGUAGUCGAUGAUUUAUGGGCAUCAUCAGAAUGGGAUAUUAUUAGCCGUGCUUUUCCUUAUGGUGAUCGUUGCAGCAGAAUACUGACAACCACGCAAGUUGAGGAUGUAGCAUUAGCAUGCUCUCGUUAUGAGUCAGAAUACAUAUUUGAGAUGAGACCUCUUAAUUAUGGUGAAUCUCAGAAAUUAUUCUUCAAUAAUGUUUUUGGUUCCGAAUGUGAAGGUGCUUGCCCUAAAGAGUUUGAAGUAGUUGCAGAUAGGAUUAUCAGGAAAUGCGGUGGUUUACCGUUAUCAAUUGUAAGUAUAGCAAGCCUGUUGCUCCCAAGCAAGUGGAACCCUGCAAUGUGGGAGAAGGUAGAAAGUUCUCUACCCUCCACUUUGAGGACAGAUCCUACUUCCCAAGGGAUGAAAGAUGUUAUAAUCCUUAUUUACAAUAAGCUUCCACUUCACUUGAAGGCAUGCUUGCUCUACCUUGGUAUGUAUCCAGAGGGCCGCACUAUCAUGAAGGAUGAUUUGGUGAAGCAAUGGGUAGCUGAAAGUUUGGUCAGUGACACUGAUUAUGGUUGCUUUGACGAGCUUGUCAGAAGAGGUAUGAUCCAGCCUGUUGACACCAACUACGACGGGGAGGUUUUGUCAUGUACAGUUAACCACAUGGUAAUGGAUCUUAUCAGGUACAAAUCCAUUGAGGAGAAUUUCAUCAUUGUUGUGAAAUAUUUUGAAUCAACUCUGCUGCUUCCUGACAAGGUUCGUCGAUUGUCCCUCCAGUUCGGAGGUUCAAAAAGUGCAAAGAUACCAGAAAGCAUCAGAGUGUCCCAAGUUCGAUCACUUCUGUUUUGUGGAUCCUCCAGAUGUGUGCCUUCCAUUCCGGAUUAUGGCAUUCUCCGAGUCCUGAUUCUUCAUAUUUGGGCUGAUCAAGAUCAGAUGAGUUUUGACCUCACUAGAAUCAAUGAGCUAUUUCGACUGAGAUAUCUGAUGGUUGAAUGUAAUAUCACCAUCAAUUUGCCAGACAAGAUUAAAGGAUUACAAUACUUGGAGACACUGCAAUUAGAUGGAAGACUAUCCGCUGUUCCAUCAGAUAUUGGUCAUUUGGAGAAUUUACGGCACCUCUGCCUUCCAAGCGAGGCUAAUGUGAGGGACCUUGACAGGCUGACCAAUCUCCAGGAUCUUCAUCUCACCCUUUCUACAGCACAUCCAAUUGAGAAUCUGGAGGUUACCAUGAAAUGCAUGGGCUCAAUUCUCCACAAACUCAACAACCUCAAGUCUAUAAUUCUGGCAUCUGCAGGUUCCUUUCCCAUAAAUACUUCAAGUCUGAGCAUUUCGUGUGAUGGCUUGAGCAACGUGUCCCCUGUUCUGGCCCAUCUUGAGAGACUUGAGCUAUUGCCACAGGUUUGCAUCUUUCCCAGCCUCCCAAAGUGGUUUAAAACACUCGACAAACUCUGCACUCUAAAGAUAGCAAUUAGAGAGUUGUCGAACAGUGAUAUGGAUAUCGUUAAAGGAUUGCCUGCCCUCAGUGCUCUCUGGCUGUAUAUCCAGACAGCGCCGACAGAGACGAUUGUCUUUGGCAAGUCCGGAUUUUCAGCUCUCAAGUACUUCAAGUUGAGGUGCAGUGAACCUUUGCUGAAAUUCGAGGCUGAUGCAAUGCCUAAUCUUCGGAAGCUCAAAUUAGUCUUCAGUGUCCAGGAAGUGCAGCAGCAUAGAGUUGUACCUAUCUGCAUUGAGCACCUGGCAGGGCUUAAAGAGAUAUCCGCGAAAAUUGGGGGUGCAGGUGCUGCUGGCACAGAGUCUGCCUUGAGGAUUUCUGUUAGCAAUGAUCCAAAAAAUCCAAAAAUCAACUGUCAACUGGUGAACUGGAACUUCUAUGCUGAAGAUAGAAUUAUAGCGAUACCAGACCAAGCAGCCAUAAUUAUAGAAGAACGGGGUGAGAUCCUGGAGGAAAACACAGAAUAUGAGUACAAAGGGGAAGAUGGGGACAGGCAAGCUGAUAGCGGGACUUCUACGCUGCCGGAAUCCUCUCCCUCGUUCCCUUUGAGACCCACCGGCCAGCUAUAUGGCCAGAGGCUCCUUUCUGUGUGGUCCAGGGCCAGGCACACCUUGAAAGCCGUGCCCCGCACCUUGAAAGCCAGGCCCCACACCUUGAAACCUGCCUCUGAGGGCCACGACGGUCUCCUCUGGUGGUACAACCUCGUGCCAUGCAACGCCGGUGAGCUCUCCAUGGCCUAUGUUCAGGCUAAUAGGCUGAUGGAGGACCAUUGUCGCGUAGAUUCAUCUCCUACCCUCGGCACCUUUGUUGGUAUUUUUGAUGGUCAUGGUGGUGCCGAAGCUGCCCGCUUCACUGCUGAGCAUCUCUUCCCUAAUAUCCAAUCCGAAGCCACGUCUAGCUGGCAGGGCGUGACAGAGGAAACCAUCAGGAAGGCGUUCCUGGACACAGAUGAAAGCUUCAUCGCUCAUGUCGAGAAACAAUGGUUAGUCAAGCCCCAGCUUGCCGCCGUUGGGUCAUGCUGCCUUGUCGGCGUCGUGCACCAGCGGACACUCUUCGUCGCCAACCUCGGGGACUCCCGGGCUGUUCUCGGGAAAGUUGGUCUCAAUGGGAAGAUUGACCCAGUGCAGCUGACCACUGAACAUGUUGCCUCUGACGAGAGUGUCAGGCAGGAGCUCAGGGAUCAGCACCCCGAUGAUCCGCAUAUUGUGGUGCUUAAGCAUGGUGUCUGGAGAGUGAGAGGCUUCAUACAGGUCCUUCUUAUCCUAAUGUUUGGUUUUAUGUUGCAGUACGUGCAUACAUGUUCGGCGCUUACACAGUGGAUGAUGCAGGUGUCCAGAACAAUAGGUGACGCAUACUUGAAACAUGAGCACUUUAACAGGGAACCGCUCCAUAGUAAGUUCAGGCUUCGGGAACCAUUCAGCCGGCCUAUAUUGAGUGCCAACCCAUCUAUCAUGUCACACAGUCUUCAACCAAGUGACCGUUUCAUCAUAUUUGCCUCCGACGGUCUGUGGGAACACUUGAGUAAUGAGACAGCCGUCAAGAUUGUUCACAAACAUGGGCGUACUGGAAUUGCGAGAAGGCUUAUAGAAGCAGCUCUCCAGGAAGCGGGGAAGAAACGAGAGCUUACUUUGAAAGAUAUCAUGAAGAUCGAGAGUGGCGUUCGCAGGCAUUUCCACGAUGAUAUAACCGUGGUUGUCUUGUUUAUAGAUCAUGGCCUAUCAGCGAAAGAUCAUGCACAAGAAAGCCGGGCCCUUUCCAUAAGUGUACCUUCGGGCCUCGGCGAUCUAGCCUGGGCGUAA